CACAAAGAAGAAAACGAAGCGCCUGUCUAACGUAAUUGCAGGUUGAUUUUAGCGUAAUAUGGCUACUUUGCUACCUAUUAGACCGCACUGCGAUAGCAAUCCAGCAACUCCCGGAGCACAAUCUAUAAAGGAAGAUGUUAUUGAAGAAGUCUCCAACGAUGGCAGCCAGCCUCCCAAGAGAAGGCGAAUGGGUUCAGGGGACAGUUCUCGAAGCUGUGACACCUUCAGUCAAGAGCUUGGCCCAACAUAUUUCCCGGCAGAGAACCUGACGGAGUACAAGUGGCCUCCAGAUGACACAGGAGAGUACUACAUGCUGCAGGAGCAAGUCAGCGAGUAUCUUGGUGUCACGUCCUUCAAGAGGAAAUACCCUGAUAUGGAGAGAAGAGACUUGUCCCAUAAAGAGAAGCUUUACUUGCGUGAACAGAAUGUCAUAACUGAGACGCAGUGUACUCUGGGUCUGACAGCUCUGCGGAGUGACGAGGUGAUAGAUCUGAUGAUAAAGGAGUAUCCUGUCAAACACUCUGAAUAUUCAGUCAUACUGCAGGAGAGAGAGCGACAGAGAAUAGCCAAAGAGUAUUCUCAAAUGAAUCAGCAGAAUCCUCAGAAGGUGGAGGCCAGUAAGGUUCCUGAGUACAUAAAGAAAGCAGCUAAAAAAGCUGCGGAGUUCAACAGUAACUUCAACAGAGAACGUAUGGAAGAAAGGAGAGCGUACUUUGACCUCCAGACACAUAUUAUCCAGGUACCUCAGGGCAGGUUCAAAGUGCUGGCUCCAGAGUUAACAAGGACAGGGCCCUACCCUGUGGCCCUCAUACCUGGACAAUUCCAAGACUACUACAAAAAGUACUCCCCAAAUGAGCUACGAUACUUGCCAUUGAACACCGCUCUGUUUGAGCCUCCACUGGAUCCAGAGCUCCCAGCUCUGGACUCAGAGCCUGAUUCUGAUGAUGCAGAGGAUGGGAAGGAGGACAAAAAGAACAAAAACUCAUCUGACAGUUCUUCUGGCAACACAUCAGACGUGGAGAGUCAGGAGGGAGGAAGUGGACCAGGUAGCAAGUCCAAGGCCAAAGACAGGACACCGGGAAAAGACAGCAGCCGCCAUUCUGCCUCCCACAAAUCCACUCCAGGGUACAAGCCUAAGGUCAUUCCCAAUGCUAUAUGUGGCAUUUGCCAGAAGGGUAAAGAGGCCAACAAGAAGGGCAAGCCGGAGGCUCUCAUUCACUGCUCCCAGUGCGAUAACAGCGGCCACCCAUCCUGCCUGGACAUGAGCGAGGAGCUGGUCCGUGUGAUCCAGACAUAUCGCUGGCAGUGUAUGGAGUGCAAGACGUGCACCGUGUGCCAACAGCCCCACCAUGAGGACGAGAUGAUGUUCUGCGACAAAUGUGACCGAGGGUACCACACAUUCUGCGUGGGCAUGGACUCCAUACCUACUGGCCUGUGGGUGUGUGAAGUUUGUGAUACUGAUUUUAACACACCCAAGAAGAAGGGAGGAGCCAAAACACCCAAGAAACCUAAAUCAGCUAAAAAAUAACCAGCUUUGUCAUAUACCACUGUGCCCUGACCAAAUUGCAUACCAAUGCACUGCCCUCUGUCCAGUUAUUUUCAGAAGUUUCAUUUUUAAGUGAUCCAAAAAUAAGUGUGUAGUCCUUCAAAUACAAAGAUUUCAAACAUAAGAUCUUUACUUGUUAAUUGUGAAAACAAACUUUAAAAAACUUGAAUCGAAGUCCAUGGAGAUGCACUGAAUUCUUUUGUGAAAUCUUUAAGAAAGAUUUUAUGUCAUCCAUCCAAAUGAGACAUCAUAUUAAGCAUAGCAACUACUGACAAUAGACUGACUUUACAACAGCGUACAUACGUAAUGUUGACAGCUAUGCUGUAAAUGAAAAUGUGUCUAAAUGAACUUCCUCUGGUGACCACUAACAGCUCUGGUGCAUCCCUCUUUCUUUAAACUGAGUCUUGUUUCUGUUUCAUAUCUGCAGUGAUAAGCUGUUUGUCUGAGAAUGGAUCUAUUUAGACUAAUGGUGCUUUUGAUCCACAACUACUGAAACAAUCAAUGUUACCAAGAGCGUACUGUAUUCAAGUAAGAACCUUUUAAACAUUUUUGAAUGUUUUUUGAAUCUCGUAAGUAAAGUUGUUGUUUUUAAUUCAAAUGUAUUUAAUGAGCCAGCGAAGAGCAGUCUUAAAUGACGACAUGGUGCUAGUGAUCCUUUGUAAUGAAUAGAAACUGACUGUGGUAGACAGCAGUCAUCAGGUAUUUAUGUUCACAGAAGUGGAAAAGAUAUUUCACUGUUUAAUGUUAUAAAUUUGUUGUCCACCCUUUAAUAUUAAUGAUAAUUAAAGGUUACCACUCUGUGAUACAUUACAAUUUAAAAUCAGUCAGCUCUUAUUAGUCAGGCGGUGCUUUUGCUGUCAGUUUGAAAGUUUUUCAUCAUUUUUGUAACUUAAGUUUGUCGAUUUUGUAUUUUCUUUCAGUAUGCAGGUUAUUUGAAUAAUAUUUGUUUAAGGAAUGUUGUUUCAAUUAUUUUUUUAUGAAAGCUACUGGAAUAAAACUCAUCUAUUCAUGAUUUGAUGUGUUCAAUGUAUGAAAUCCCAAGGCAGAUGAAAUAAAUGCAUAGUCCUUAUGUGUCAGUAGUAAUAAUAUUAAAACCUAUAUUUUAAACCUGAUCUUACUGGUUAGAGUUAGCUUUAUCAUGAGUUUCACAAAACAUCUACCAAAAAUAAACAAUGUAGGGUAUUGUACCAUUUCUAUUAUGAUUAUUUUUUAAGCCAUUGGUGAUUUUAAUGCUUUUUGAUUUGAGGGCCAUAGAUUUGAGCAAAUUUCUCUGAACUUGCAACAGAGCACUACUGCUUCUAAACAAAAAUCAAGUACCCUGUGUAACUAAUUACAUUUUCCAACAAAGCUCCAAACCAGAAAAGGCAGUGCAAGAUGAAUGGAUGGAAACAACAGAGUACAUUUGUUCAUGGCGAACAAUCUGUUUAGUGUAGUUACAGUGACUUUAUUUGUACACGUAGGUAGAUAAACUUUACAUUGAGUACACAACACGGAUCAAAUCUUGAAAGGCAAAAUGACAGGUGCACUCAAGAAUGAAAAGGAAACCCUUAAUUGAACAUGACUUUAAAAAGCAGUAAAAAAGGUGAAUAAAAAACAAGAUAGCAAUACAAAUUUGUCACACUUGGUAAAAUCUACACCUUUAAAGCAUUAGUAAAGCAUAAGUAAAGCAUUGGUAAUGACAGUACUUGUCACCUAUAAAAGCUUAAAAAAUUAUGUUAUUGGCCAUGAAAGCUUUACUGAGGCAUUAGUAAAAUAUUAGACACUGAAGUUAUCUUCUACAAAACAUUUUUGAUUUAUUCAUGUCAUUAAUAAACACAACUAUAAAUGCUGUA